UCCGACCAUGACACACCACUGCAACGCCUCGUCUUCCCUUCUCAUCGUCCACAAUGGACUUCCUCUCCCCGCUCCUCGUCGCCGUCAUCGUUUUCCUUUCGAUCGAUACCCACUCCUUGGCACAGUCCAGUCUCUGCCGUACGUCCUGCGGCGCCAUCCCCAUCCGCUACCCCUUCGGCAUCGACGACGGCUGCGGCAGCCCCUACUACCGCAACAUGCUCAUCUGCGCCAACUCCUCCCGCCUAUUCCUCCGCACACCCUCGGGGACGUACCCCGUCGCCGCCGUCGACUACACCGACCCCCACCUCGUCGUCAACGACCCGUCCAUGUGGAGCUGCCGCUCCUCCGGCACCGACGGCGCCGUGCUCCGGCGCGCGGCCAACCCCUUCAGCCUCGACACCAGCACCCGCUUCUCGCUCUCGUCCAAGAACGACUACCUCUUCUUCAACUGCAGCGGCGAGUCCGUCAUCGUGGAGCCCAAGCCCGCGUUCUGCGAGCGCUUCCCCGACCGCUGCGACUCGGCCUGCGACAGCGCCGCGUACCUGUGCCGCAACCCGCCCGAGUGUCCCGACGCGCUGGCGGACCGGCGGACUAGCUGCUGCUCCUACUACCCCAAGGCGUCGGAGUCGCUGAGGCUCCUCCUGCAGCACUGCUCCACGUACGCGAGCGUGUACUGGAGGACGGUGGGCGCCAACUUCCCGCCGUACGACCAGGUCCCGGAGUACGGCAUUCGGGUGGACUUCGAGAUCCCGGUGACGACGAGGUGCCUUCAGUGCGAGGACGUCAGACGGGGCGGGGGAACCUGCGGGUUCGAGACGCAGUCGAGGAGCUUCCUCUGUCUCUGCGACGAAGGCAACGCCACCACCUACUGCACAGAUGGCACGUACAGAGGGCGUCGAGCAUCAGCUGCAGUCAUUGCAGGGACGGCCACUGUUUCGGUGGCGGGUGCAGUGGGGAUCGGAGCUCUCGUCUGGUAUCUAAGAAAAAUAAGGAAAAAUAGCGUGGUGACUUGUGGGGUCCAAAGCAAUGAGAAUCGUCUAUUUUAGAUUCCUUUUUUUUUUUCUUUUUUUGUCGUGGAGAUCUUCUUUUCCUACAUGUAUUAAACAUAUUUUUCUUGUUUUACGUCAACAUAUCAUGCUUGAUCUGAAGAU